CCAUGCCUUCUGCCAACUUUGAAGCUGCUGCCGCCGCCGCCCAGGCUUUCACCUCCAAGCCCUCCAACGAUGAGCUCUUGGCUCUCUACGGUCUCUUCAAGCAGGCUACCGUUGGUGACAACGAGACUACCAGACCUGGUGCCUUUGACUUCAAGGGUAAGGCCAAGUGGGAUGCCUGGACCGCCAAGAAGGGUUUAAGCUCUGAGGAUGCCGAGGCCCAGUACAUUGCUUUGGUCGAGGAGCUCAAGGCCAAGCAGUAAAUGUUUGCUCAUAAAGCAAAUAUGUCCUUUUUUUUUCUUUUUUUUUGUAAAGCUGUGAAAGUGUCUCCCCUUUUUUUGUAUGUGUGUGUGCGCGUGUAUAUGUGUGUGUGUGCGCGUAUGUGUGUAUGUGUGAAUAAAGAUGUCCCUUUUUUUAUAUACAACCUC